AUGUUAAAUAAAGAAAAAUCGCGUCCAGGACGAACGUUUCGACAUAGACAACGUCGACGCAAAGUUAACGAAAAACAACAAAAAGCCAAAAAAAUUAUUCAGGAAGAUAAUUGGACUAAUUUUCGAGAAUGGUUAAAAAGAAAAGGAUUUCCAAAAACGAAUUUGACUUUAGCUGAGUUUCAAGAUACGGGAAGAGGAAUGAUGGCAACGAGAAAUAUUAGUGCUGGUGAAAUUAUAAUAUCUGUUCCGAAAAAGUUUUUAUUAACUCAUGAUAGCUUGAGAGAUCAAUAUUAUCGGCACCCAAUGAAGUUCUCCGCACACCAGUUUAUAGCCUUAUAUUUAAUUUUGGAAUAUAAGAAAGGAACACAAAGUAAUAUUUAUCCGUAUAUCGAUAUGUUGCCAAAGGAUUUUGACAAUAUGCCACUAACUUACGGCAAAGAAAUUUUCGAUUUAUUGCCAUAUAAUGUCAAAGUGGACGUGGAAUCUCAAAGAGCGAAGUUUGAACGUGAUUAUACAGGCAUCAAAAAAUUCCUUGAUGGUAAACCAGAUGUUCAGUCAAAGAUUUCACGCGAAGAUUAUUUAUGGGGUUGGCUUUGUGUUAAUACACGAUGUAUUUACCUCGAAACAAAGAGUUCGUAUGAUGUAAAAGAUCAUAUUGCAAUUGCUCCUUUUUUAGAUUUUUUAAAUCAUUCACAUGAGUCAAAGAUCAAGGGCGAAUUUAAUCAUAUGACACAGUGUUAUGAAAUCACCACUUUGACCCCUUAUAAAAAGGGAAAUCAGGUUUUUAUUAACUAUGGACCUCAUGACAAUUUUUUUAUAUUAAUGGAAUAUGGUUUUGUUAUUCCAAAUAAUCCUUAUAAUUAUGUAUCGCUUGACAAAGAAUUCUUUGAAAUUUCUUUUCCUGGAGAGUCGGAACUCAUCAGACAAGAAAAACUUGAUUUGUUAUUUCAUAAUGGCUUUUACGGUGAUUAUUGUUUACGCAUAUCUGAGAUUUCAUUUAGAUUAUUGACAGCUUUGCGUUUGCGUGUCUUACAACGAUUUGAUGACUCGGUAUUAGAAACGCAAGGCAUUGUACGAAAAUGGAAAAACACUAUUACAGGAUUAACGGAGAUUAUUAAUCCGGAAAAUGAAAGAUUAAUGUAUUUUUAUCUUAAAUUAAUAUGUGAGAAUUCUUUGUUAAAAUCUGAAACUGUUUUGGAGGCUUUGAAAGUAUUUGAAGGGACAAAUGUUUCUUUGUCACACACCAAACUACUUUGGUUAGAAUCAAUUACCAUUUUGCGUUCCGUGAUCAGUAUUAUACAAGAUUUUCAGCAGGAAAUCUUUAUGUAG